AUGGCAGCACUUGGUCAACAAGCAGCAGCAGCUUUACUGGACUUCAACCAGAAGCUAGAUAUCAAUCUCCUUGAUAGUGUGGUAGUGAGUAUGUAUAGUGGAAAUGGAGACACUCAAAGAAUUGCCCAGGAGGUAUUGACAACUUUAAAAGAACAUCCUGAUGCUUGGACAAGAGUUGAUACAAUUUUGGAGUAUUCAACAAAUCAACAAACAAAGUACUAUGCUCUUCAAAUCCUGGAACAAGUUAUCAAAACAAGAUGGAAGGUUUUACCAAGAAAUCAGUGUGAGGGCAUAAAAAAGUACAUUGUAUCUCUUAUCAUCAAAACAAGCUCAGAUGCAGAAACAUUAGAAGCAAACAAAACAUACCUCAACAAAUUGAAUAUGAUAUUGGUGCAAGUGUUAAAGAGAGAAUGGCCUAAAAAUUGGGAGAGUUUCAUACCAGAUAUUGUUGGGGCAAGUAAAACAAAUGAGAGUUUGUGUCAGAAUAAUAUGAUUAUUCUGAAAUUAUUGAGUGAAGAAUUGUUUGAUUUCUCAUCUGGACAAAUCACACAGACCAAAGCUAAGCAUUUGAAAGAUACAAUGUGUACUGAAUUUUCUGCUAUAUUUCAUUUGUGUCAGUUUGUGUUGGAAAAUUCCCAGAACCCACCUCUGGUAAAUGCAACCCUUGAAACACUAUUACGCUUUCUCAACUGGAUUCCCCUUGGAUACAUAUUUGAAACAAAUCUGAUAAACACUUUUAUAUUCAAGUUUUUACCAGUACCAAUGUUUCGCAAUGUUACAUUGAAGUGUCUCACAGAAAUUGCAGGUGUUACAGUGCGCAACUAUGAUGAUAUGUUUGUUCUCCUAUUUACACAAACAAUGACACAAUUAGAAAUUAUGUUGCCCUUGCAGACUGAUAUAAAAUCAGCUUAUGCAUGUGGACAAGACCAAGAGCAGAAUUUCAUUCAAAAUUUGGCACUGUUUUUGUGUACAUUCUUAAAAGAGCACAGUAACAUUGCUGAAAAUCAAUUCAGUACAAUGGUGAAGGGUUUGCGGUACCUUGUACUGAUUUCAGAGGUAGAGGAUGUUGAAAUAUUCAAAAUUUGUCUGGAGUACUGGAACACCUUGGCAUCAGAGUUAUACCAAGAGGUACCUCAUGGAGGAGCCAGGUCCGUAUUUUUUGGUAGACUAGGAGUUUCUAAAGAGGCAUUUGUUAACAUGUAUCAGGAUCUGUAUAGGGAGGUGCUCAAUAAGGUGAGAUACAUCAUGAUUUCAAGAAUGGCAAAGCCUGAGGAAGUUUUGGUUGUUGAGAAUGACAAUGGGGAAGUAGUCAGAGAAUUUAUGAAGGAUACAGACUCCAUAAACUUGUAUAAAAAUAUGCGUGAAACCCUUGUGUAUUUGACUCACUUGGACUGUGCAGAUACUGAAAGAAUCAUGACUAACAAACUGCAAAACCAAGUGAAUGGAACAGAAUGGUCCUGGAAGAAUUUGAACACUCUGUGUUGGGCCAUAGGGAGCAUUUCUGGUGCUAUGCAUGAGGAAGACGAAAAAAGAUUCCUUGUGACUGUUAUCAAAGAUCUUCUUGGGCUGUGUGAACAAAAACGUGGGAAAGACAAUAAAGCAAUCAUUGCAUCUAAUAUCAUGUAUGUUGUUGGGCAGUACCCAAGAUUUUUGAGAGCCCAUUGGAAAUUUUUAAAAACUGUGGUCAACAAGCUGUUUGAAUUCAUGCAUGAGACUCAUGAUGGUGUGCAGGACAUGGCUUGUGAUACAUUUAUAAAGAUAGCUUUGAAAUGCAGGAGGCAUUUUGUUACAACUCAGAUAGGAGAAUCUUGCCCAUUCAUUGAAGAAAUAUUGGCUUCUAUCUCUACUAUAAUAUGUGAUCUGCAACAGCAGCAAGUGCAUACAUUUUAUGAAGCUGUAGGGUAUAUGAUAUCAGCUCAAGUGGAUGCUGCCACACAGGAAGCUUUAAUUGAGAAAUAUAUGAUGUUACCCAAUCAAGUUUGGGAUGACAUCAUCAGCCAAGCCAGUAAAAAUGUCGAUUUUUUGAAAGAGAUUGAAAUCGUCAAGCAAUUGGCUAGCAUUUUGAAAACGAACGUGAGAGCCUGUAAAGCUCUCAAUCAUGCUUAUGUUCUUCAACUUGGACGAAUAUACUUGGAUAUGUUGAAUGUUUAUAAGGUCAUGUCCGAAAACAUAACCGCCGCCAUUCAACUCAAUGGCGAGGUCGUCACCAAACAGCCCCUCAUCAAAGCCAUGCGCGUCGUCAAAAAGGAGACCCUCAAGCUGAUCUCCGAUUGGAUAUCGCGUUCGAGCGACAAUGGCAUGGUGCUGGACAACUUCAUUCCCCCGUUCUUGGACGCCGUGCUGCUGGACUACCAGAGGACGCAGGUAGCGGCCGCCAGAGAACCGGAAGUGCUCAGUGCUAUCGCUACGAUAGUCAACAGGCUGGAGAGUCAUAUCACGCUCGAGGUACCGAAAAUCUUCGACGCAGUGUUCGAAUGCACCCUCGAAAUGAUCAACAAGGACUUCGAGGAGUACCCCGAACACCGGACGAACUUCUUUCUACUCCUCCAGGCUGUUAACAACCACUGCUUCGCGGCCUUCCUCAACAUACCCCCCACGCAAUUCAAACUCGUCCUCGACAGCAUCAUCUGGGCCUUCAAGCACACGAUGCGGAACGUCGCAGACACCGGCCUGCAGAUCCUGCUGAAGCUGCUGCAGAACGUGGAGCAGCACGAAGCCGCAGCGCCCAGCUUCUACCAGACCUACCUUACCGACAUACUGCAGCACGUUUUCUCGGUGGUGACUGACACGUCCCACACGUCGGGGUUGUCGAUGCACGCCACCAUUUUGGCUUACAUCUUCUCGCUGGUGGAAGCGGGUAGGGUUAAUUGUCAGAUCGGUCCUGGUGCUGAUAACGUACAGUAUAUUCAAGAGUUCACGGCGACGCUGUUGAAGUCGGCGUUUCCGCAUUUGACUGAUAAUCAGAUCAAGAUUAUGGUGCAGGGGAUGUUUAACUUGGAUCAGGAUAUACCGGCUUUCAAGGAGCACUUGAGGGAUUUCCUCGUUCAAAUUCGGGAAUAUACCGGGGAAGACGACACAGAUCUGUUCUUGGAGGAGCGGGAAAAGUCCUUGCAGGCAGCGCAAUCGGAAAAGCGUCGAAUCCAACUCUCAGUGCCCGGCAUCCUCAAUCCUCACGAGGUUCCCGAGGAGAUGCAAGAUUAG